AUUGGGAAACAGGGCUCCCAGAGCAACCAAUGAGCGUCACGGCAGUUUCAGUUAUAAAGUCCUCACUCACUCCGCAACUCCGGAGGAUGGUUGAGAGGGCGCACCAGGUGCUCCUGCUGCUGUCGGGGGUCCUGGUCCUGAGCGAGACCCGGGCGGGCUCGCACUCCCUGCGCUACUUCCGCACCGCGGUGUCCCGGCCCGGACGCCGGAACUCGCGCUUCUUCUCCGUGGGCUACGUGGACGUCACGGAGUUCGUGCGCUUCGACAGCGACGCCGAGAGUCCCCGAGAGGAGCCGCGGGCGCCGUGGAUGGAGCGGGAGGAUCAGGAGUAUUGGGACCGACAGACAGAGAUCGCCAAGCACACAGCACAGGAUUACCGAGUGAGACUGCGGAUCCUGGGUGUCCACUACAACCACAGCGGGGGCGAUUCUCACACCUUCCAGAGGAUGUACGGCUGCGAAGUGCGGCCAGAAGGGCACUUCCUCCGCGGGUACAUGCAGUAUGGCUACGACGGGAAAGAUUUCAUUGCCCUUGCCGAGGACCUGAGCUCCUGGGUGGCGGCGGACACUGCGGCUCAGAUCACACAGCGCAAGUGGGUGGAGGACAGGAAGGCAGAGCACCACAGGGCCUACCUGAAGGAGGAGUGCGUGGAGUGGCUCCACAGAUACCUAGAGAACGGGAAGGAGACGCUGCAGCGCGCAGAUCCCCCAGAGACACAUGUGACCCGCCACCCCAUCUCCAAGGAACAGGUCACCUUGUGGUGCUGGGCCCUGGGCUUCUACCCUAAGGACAUCUUCCUGACCUGGCAGCAGGAUGGGCAGGACCUGACCCAGGACAUGGAGCUGGUGGAGACCAGGCCUGAUGGGAAUGGCAACUUCCAGAAGUGGGUGGCUGUGGUGGUGCCUUCUGGAGAGGAGCAGAAUUACAUGUGUCAUGUGCAGCAUGAGGGGCUGCAUGAGCCCUUCACCCUGAAAUGGGGCAGCACUACUGGGCAGAGGGUCCUGGCACUGGAGAGCUGCUCAUGGCAGUGCAGACAGGAGGUAGAAGUGGGGGAGCUGAGGAAGGAGAGAAACCCUGAGUCCCCUCCUCAGCCCUCCAUCCCCAUCCUGGGGGUCGUUGCUGCUGUGAUUCUCCCUGUAGCUGUGCUCACUGGAGUUCUCUUUGUGGUGUGGAGGAGGAAGAGAGCAGGUGUACAAAGAGGGAGUGACACUCAGACUGCAAUGGCAGUGCCCAGGGAUCGGACUCCUCCUUUGCUUCCACAGCGUGAGACAGCUGCCUUGCUCCCGCAAAUACAUAUUGCACUACUCUCUGCUUACGGACCUCGAAAUCACCUGAGUCACUUUUCUCCGGAGGGCUUCUGAGUGUGUCCAUGUUCCUGUGGGCAUCGGGGAGGGCCCUGGGCAGCAGGACUCCUGAACACUCGCUGACCCGUGUUCCCUCCUGCUCAGCUCCUGUUCCAGCAAGGGUGGGCUGGGGUGGCUCCAGCAGUGUCACGGUUCCGGAACAGCAGUCUCUUGCAUGCUGUUAUGAGAGCUGUCCACACGCCCUGGCCGGUGUAGCUCCACCUUGCUGUGGGCUGCUGCUCGGCUGUCCAGCCACCCUACCUGGACUGAAGCUAUGUACAGACUCCAGCACAGCAAGGUCACUCAUCUGGGCAUGGAGGCAGGGAUGCUGCACCCGGCGGGUUUCUCACAGCGAUGAGAUGGAAUGGAGUGUGCACAGCUUCCCCCAGGGCCCAUCUUAUGUCUGAUCCUGUUUUUAUUUGAAUAAUGGCCCCACAAUAAAUCCAGCAGCUUAGCAAAGCA